GUCAUAAACGCCCAUGAUCCCGGGACUCGACCUCUCGCUACUCCCCUCUAUCCUCCGUUCUUGACGUCCCCUUCCAUGUCCAGUGGUGCUAUUUCCUCCUGUAGUCUCUUUCGGCGUGCACAACCAUCACUAUGAAGGCCCCUGGUUCAGACUCGGGUCCGAAUGCUCCGGAGCCAUCGCAGCAAACCGAUAGCCUCCUCAGACGUCUUGCUGGGCCAUCCGUCAAUAAAGCAGGACUCGCCAAGGACCAGUCGGAGAUCAAUCGCAUUAUAGCAGAGGCCUCCAAGGGAUCGAAGUUCUACGAGAAUGAGAAACGCAAGGACAAGGAACUCACGGAGCGCAUAAGUCGAAUAUUGAGACAUCGCGAUGAGGUCGUGAAAGGCGUUGAUCUACGUAGCGUGGAGCAAUCGGUGGACCAUCUUCUGGUCAAGCUGGAAGCGCAACGGGACCUCACCCAGAUCAUCGUCCACGUAGACAUGGAUGCAUUCUACGCAAACGUGGAGUUACUUGAUAAUCCAAGUCUCAAAGGCAAACCCUUCGCUGUAGGCAAAGGUGUCCUGACGACUGCCUCGUAUGAGGCACGGAAGUUUGGUGCGCGGUCGGGCAUGUCCGCCUUCAUCGCCAAGAAACUAUGUCCCGAGCUGAUCCUCGUGGAGACACACUUCGAUCGGUAUAUGGAGAUGUCGAAGCGUGUUAUGGACGUCUUCAUGCGGUACGAUCCCACUAUGUGUGCGGCUGGUUGCGAUGAAGGCUAUCUGAACAUAACUGCAUACUGCGAGGAGCAUCAAUUGGACGAGGAGGAAUGCGUGCAGGAGAUGAGAGAAACGGUGCAUCGGGAGACAAACUUGACUGUCAGCGCAGGCAUCGCUCCGAACAAGAUGCUCGCCAAGAUUUGCUCGGACAAGAACAAGCCGAAUGGCCAGUUUAAGCUUGAGUUCAAUUCUCGUGCGAUCAAGGCUUUCAUGCGCGACCUGUCCAUCCGGAAAGUACCGGGGGUGGGCCGAGUCAACGAACGGCUCCUGGAAUCCAUGGGCGUCGAGACAUGUGGAGACAUCUAUAUGCAUCGUGCAGUACUGUCGUUGAUGGACAAGCAAUUCGGUCUACACUUCCUGCUGCAGGCCUACCUCGGCAUUGCCUCGAACGUCGUCCAGCCCGGCACGCGGGAAGAACGCAAGAGCAUCGGUGCUGAGCGUACAUUCACAUCUAUCAGUGACAAGGACAAGAUAUUCCAGAAACUCGAAGAAGUCGCGGCUGAGCUGGAAAGUGAUAUGACCAACGGAGGAUGGACGGGGAAGACGGUCACACUGAAAUACAAACUCGACACGUACCAAGUCUUCACGCGUGCGAAGUCGUUCGAUCGAUGGGUUUCGACCAAGAAAGAAGACUUGUUUGCAAUAGGGAAAGAACUCUUAGUGCCCGAACUUCCACUGACGCUGCGGCUGAUUGGACUGCGGGUGACGAAGCUGAAGGACCUGAAGGCCGAGGCGGAGAAGAAGGCAGCUGGGAUCAUGAAGUUCUUCGGCGCGGCUGACGGUGGCGGAUCCCCCACGAAGAAGCGGAAUAUCGCUACCAAGGAGCAUAUGAACGCAGAACAAUUGACAGAGCUCAAACACGCUUUCGAAGAUGCGAUGCCUGGAUAUCACGAAGAAGUCGAGGCAGAAGACGAAGCUGAAGAAAAGCACGACAUGCCCCUUGAUGUUUAUCAUGUUCUGGACAAUGUGACAGUGGAUGAUGCGAGUUCUGUGGGUCGUGGUCCUCGACCAGGCGGGCGCCUUGACCAUCGUCUCAGACCACCCAACUCGGCACCUGCCCCGACGCCUUCACAAUCAUCCUCCAAGCCAACUCCCUCUGGACCCACGAACGUUCGUUCUUUUCGAGCAUCCUCUACUGGCCCUUCAGCGUCCGUUCGCAAUUCGCCUGGCCAUCGAUCGCGUUCUCCCUCACGUCAAGCUCGCUCAACUGCAUCAGAAUUCAGCACGCAAACAUGCCCAAUUUGCGCCAAGACUAUGGUUACGGAUAACCACGGGCUCAACGCACACGUCGACUUCUGUCUGAGCAAGGAGGCUAUUCAGGAAGCUCAGGCCGCCUCUUCCAGCGCUGCGACCAUGCACCAUGCUGGUGAGGUUGGUUCUUCCAAAGGCUUCAAGCCAAGGAGUAUAUCAGACCUUCAUGUUGGAUCUAGCAAGAAGCGUGGACCAAACUCUUCCAGUAGUGCGGAGGGAUCGGUUAGAAGGAAGCGGAGAAAGUGACUGAGGUUCUGUUGUUUAGGUCCGGGUUUGAGGUAACUUAUUCCUUUCACGGGUCACCCUAUGUUGUAUUCUAUGUACUGUAAUUGUGGCAGUUGUCGACGCCUCAGUAAACUUCGUAGACGUGUUUGCUUCCUG